AUGGCUGAUAAUUCAUCAAGCAAUGGAAACAACGAAGUGGUUUUAAAUUUAAACGGUGAUGCCUCCAAAAAGUGUGACGGCAUCGAAGAAGACUGUGUGCCAUUUUUGCAGAAGGUGGUGACAGAGGUGGUGGGGACGUACUUCUUGAUAUUUGCAGGAUGUGGUUCGGUGGUUGUGAAUCUUAACAACGACAAGGUGGUGACUCUUCCCGGGAUUUCCAUUGUUUGGGGACUCGCUGUUAUGGUAUUGGUUUAUUCAGUUGGACACAUCUCUGGUGCUCAUUUCAACCCAGCUGUCACACUUGCUCAUGCUUCCACCAAAAGAUUUCCAUGGAAGCAGGUGCCAGCAUAUAUAAUAGCUCAGGUGGUUGGAUCCACACUUGCAAGUGGAACACUAAGACUUAUAUUCAUGGGAAAGGAUGACCAUUUUGCCGGAACACUUCCCGCCGGAUCUAACCUGCAAGCUUUUGUGGUCGAAUUCAUUAUCACUUUCUACCUAAUGUUCAUCAUUUCUGGAGUUGCCACCGAUAACAGAGCGAUUGGUGAGUUGGCUGGGCUUGCAGUUGGGUCAACGGUACUGCUAAAUGUGAUGUUUGCCGGGCCAAUCACUGGAGCAUCAAUGAAUCCAGCAAGAAGCUUGGGGCCUGCUAUUGUGCACAGUGAAUACAAAGGAAUAUGGAUAUACUUGGUCUCACCCAUUCUGGGUGCUGUGGCUGGUACAUGGACAUAUAAUUUCGUCAGAUACACAAACAAGCCAGUGCGUGAGCUCACCAAGAAUGCCUCUUUUCUCAAAGGAAAAGGAAGAUGUGGUUCGGUGGUUGUGAACCUUAACAACGACAAGGUGGUGACUCUUCCCGGGAUUUCCAUUGUUUGGGGACUCGCUGUUAUGGUAUUGGUUUAUUCAGUUGGACACAUCUCUGGUGCUCAUUUCAACCCAGCUGUCACACUUGCUCAUGCUUCCACCAAAAGAUUUCCAUGGAAGCAGGUGCCAGCAUAUAUAAUAGCUCAGGUGGUUGGAUCCACACUUGCAAGUGGAACACUAAGACUUAUAUUCAUGGGAAAGGAUGACCAUUUUGCUGGAACACUUCCCGCCGGAUCUAACCUGCAAGCUUUUGUGGUCGAAUUCAUUAUCACUUUCUACCUAAUGUUCAUCAUUUCUGGAGUUGCCACCGAUAACAGAGCGAUUGGUGAGUUGGCUGGGCUUGCAGUUGGGUCAACGGUACUCCUAAAUGUGAUGUUUGCAGGGCCAAUCACUGGAGCAUCAAUGAAUCCAGCAAGAAGCUUGGGGCCUGCUAUUGUGCACAGUGAAUACAGAGGAAUAUGGAUAUACUUGGUCUCACCCAUUCUGGGAGCUGUGGCUGGUACAUGGGCCUAUAAUUUCAUCAGAUACACAAACAAGCCAAUGCGUGAGCUCACCAAGAGUGCCUCUUUCCUCAAAGGAAAAGGAAGUGGUGGAGCUGAGUGA